CGCCCUCUAUCAAUUUUUAAAUUUGUUUGUUUUUAACAUCUCCACUGCAUUAUACUGCACACACAUUACAUUUUUGGAAAUAGGGUUACUGUAUUGCUAGGAAACAAUCGAAAUGAUGCAACCACAGAUUAUCCUUUUGAAAGAAGGGACUGAAGCCUCCCAGGGCAAGUCACAAGUUGUUAGCAACAUCACAGCCUGCCAGGUGGUAGCAGAUGCCGUCCGUACCACCCUAGGCCCAAGGGGUAUGGAUAAGCUGAUAGCACAAGGGGGAGGAAACGUAACGAUAUCAAAUGAUGGUGCAACAAUAGUGAAGCUUUUAGACAUUGUCCAUCCAGCAGCCAAAACGCUUGUUGACAUAGCCAAGUCACAAGACGCAGAGGUCGGAGAUGGCACAACAACUGUUACAAUGCUAGCUGCUGAGCUCCUAAACCAAGUCAAAGUAUAUGUUGAAGAUAAUGUGCAUCCCCAAGUGAUUGUUAGGGCCUACAGGAAAGCAACCCAACUAGCUGUAGAAAAAAUUAAGGAGAUUGCUGUCAAGAUUAAUAAGAAAGAUAAUGAAGAGCUUAAAGACUUAUUGAUAAAGUGUGCAUCUACGACUCUAAGUUCCAAACUGGUGUCGAGUCAGAAGGAGUUCUUCUCCAAGAUGGUUGUUGACGCUGUCAUGAUUCUGGAUGAACUUUUACCUCUUGACAUGAUUGGUAUCAAGAAGGUCACCGGAGGAGCUCUUGAGGAAUCCAGAUUGAUUGCCGGUGUAGCAUUUAAAAAGACAUUUUCAUAUGCUGGAUUUGAAAUGCAACCAAAGAAGUACCUUAAUCCUAAAAUAGCACUUUUGAAUAUAGAAUUAGAAUUGAAGGCAGAAAAAGACAAUGCUGAAGUUAGAGUAGACAAUGUUGAGGAAUACCAAUCCAUAGUAGACGCAGAGUGGGCAAUUUUGUACGAGAAACUUGAAAAUAUAUACAAGAGUGGAGCGAAAGUGGUUUUAUCUAAGCUGCCUAUUGGUGAUGUAGCCACACAAUACUUUGCUGAUAGAGAUAUGUUUUGUGCUGGACGUGUGACGGAAAACGAUUUGAAGCGUACAUUAAAAGCUUGUGGGGGCGCCAUUCAGAGUACUGUCCAGAACCUGACGGACAACGAGCUUGGCAGGUGCGAAUGUUUCGAGGAAGAGCAGGUUGGUGGUGACAGGUAUAACUUGUUUACCGGUUGCCCGAAUGCUAAGACGUGUACGCUGAUUUUGAGAGGCGGUGCGGAGCAGUUCAUUGAGGAGACAGAGAGGUCUCUACAUGAUGCAAUCAUGAUUGUAAGGAGGACCAUCAAGAACGAUUCCAUCGUUGCAGGUGGCGGAGCCAUAGAAAUGGAGCUGAGCAAGUACCUUCGGGAUUAUUCGCGUACCAUCGCUGGUAAGCAGCAGAUCUUGAUAGGAGCAUUUGCCAAAGCUUUGGAAAUUAUCCCGAGACAGUUGUGUGAUAACGCUGGCUUUGAUGCUACCAACAUUCUCAAUAAACUCCGACAGAAACAUGCUCAAGGUGGGACAUGGUAUGGAGUAGACAUCUUGAAAGAAGAUAUAGCCGAUAACCUAGAGGCGUUUGUGUGGGAACCGUCCGUUGUGAAAAUCAACGCCUUGACAGCAGCAUCGGAGGCCGCAUGUUUAGUUCUCUCGGUUGAUGAAACCGUUAAGAAUCCCAAAUCCAGCCAAGAUGCUGGCGGACCACCGAGGGGACGUGGACGUGGUAGACCAUUCUAAAAUAACAUCGCUAAUUUAAUUUCUUCCCUGUAACGCAUGAUAUACAUUCAAAGUAAAUUUGAUAUAGCCUGGUUGAUACUUGCCGGUGGGUUGUUCUGUUAGAAUAAGGGGAAUAAAUUCUAUCCCCCCAGGCUGCAUGGCAUACUUUAUCCAUGGUCUAUGUGAAUAAUAUCAAAAGUUAUUGAUGUUGUGAUAUUAAAUAUGCAUCCUUGGCCAAUUUAUUGAAAAACAAAUGAAAUAUUGUACUGAUAUUCUAUGAUACUGCUCAUAAAUUAUCCAAAAAUGUUAUGCAGAUGUUACCAACAAACUUACAUCUCAGGGUCAGCCUGUGGCAUUGUUUCUAUAGUUAGAAUUUGUGUAUAUUGUCAGUAUAAGCAUUAUUGCGAGAACAUACGAUAAACUGCAUACAAUGAUAAACAUAAAGAUGAGAAUAUUGCAUCGAUAAAAUAACCGAGAUGAAUAUCACCAUCGGCUGUUCAGUCAAGAUAUAAAUAUUGUCCUUGAUAGUAUUAUGUUCCCGCAUGGAGUCAUCGUUGUUGCCAAUGAGGUAUUUAUUGCUGGGAUGAGAUUUCAUGAAUCCAGUCUCUCGUUUGUUGCCUAGCAACUAUAGUUUAUGUAGCCAAAAGGUGUAUGUUAGUAAGUCUGUUUGUUUUGGUGUGAAAGCAUGCAUCCAAGCAGGUGGGAGGCAGCAGCAGUUAAAACCAAGUAAAAUUAAUUCUAUUUAUAGGCCUAAUAAGAAAACUAAUAAAAAGAAUUAAAUGUCAUAAAUGGGGGAAAGUAGCUGUGCCCAGCACAAAGGAAUGGGGGUAAUUAUGCAAUGGCUUUUAGCUUGCUAGUAUAUGAAGCUUAAGUACUCGCAAGACACCUUUUUUAAUGUGUUCUGACCCAAAAAGAUCAUAUUUUCACUCCUCUUGGAGUUACAGGGUAAACAUCACUGUCAAAUAAUACUUUAUAUUCGUCAGAUAAAUCAUUAAUCUUUAGAACUUGCUGCUGGUUAAAUAUAAAGGGUAUGAGUUUAAUUAAUUGCUAGGGAAAAGCAUCUGUAGUUGUUUAUAAAGAAUAUGAGUUCUUUUCAUUUUUACAAUAAAUUGAUGUGGCAAUGAACAA